CUGUCAUAGCUUUAAACUUACAAGCACCCAGCUGUGACACCCACAACUUGAAUUCCUUUGAUGCAUCAGCGUCCAACGACUUUAUCAUGAGUUCUCGCCCACACACCGCCGUUGUGGCCAACGCGAAGAUCUUCCCGGUCUUUGCAAAUAGGCUCGCAUCACACGACCUCAACGAGUACAUAAACACUGCAAAAAAGCUGAAGAACUGGUUGGGCUCCGAGAAAGCAUACUAUCCUGACGCUCUACGUAAUAUCGUUUUGCUCCUCGAGAUUGCCCAUCAGACCUUUACGAGAAGGUUUCUCCCAACAGAAUCGUCAGCACUUGCUGUGAUAGAUAUAUAUCAGGCCUUAAUUCGCGCCGUAAUUCCUUUCCUACGGUUUUUUACAGAGGAGGACCUGCAACUCCGACUCCAAGACUUGAUCCAAAGUUCUUCUGAGAUUUCGACUAAUUCUAUAUAUCCUAUCCGGGCUGAAAGCGAAGCCACAACUCAAGAAUACAAGGAUGCUACCUCAAUCAUCACAAGUACCCGAGAUGCGACUCCAAGCACACAACUAAUGUUUCCCAGCAAUGCGCAAAUGGAGUCAGUUCAAUCACCUGUAAGAUGUACACGCGCUGUUUAUUCAUGAUCUAACAUAUAAAUUCAUAGAUUACAGCGCAGCCUUCGACCUCGUCUACACCCCACCCAGAUAUUCACGCGGAUCCCCCAGCCAGUGCCUCCAUCCCGAGAAUCCUUCCAAAACCUCAACCAAAGCGCCAAUCUGUGGCAUCUUCGCUAUCUGAGC